AUUCAUGACUGGGCCACGAGCGGCAUGGAGCAACCCUUUGUGAAGCUGCAGGACACCUUUGGAGUCUUACGGUGGCGGAGUCGAAGAGCUGGGCUGGGCGGUGGGGUUGAAGCAGGCGGUGGUGGAUUCAUGGCAGCGAGUGGACAACUCAUCGUCACCCAGGGUGAAGACGGUCAGGGAUACCACCAAUUCGCCAUGGUAUCAACGCAUCCUGAAUGGGCAUGUUCCGCAUCGGAGGGAUUGCCGUGAAUGUCUCCGAGGGGCAGGAAGAGACCGUCCACGUCUUCGGCAGCAGUUUCCUGGUGCUUUUACAAUGGCGGUGGACGUGGCUGGGCCCUUCGCUCCAGGAUGUGACCAGGACAUGGGACAACCAAGAUAUUUCUUGGUGACCACAGUGACGGUACCAGUCCGAUGACUCAGUGGAGGAUGUGGAGGAGGGUGCCGAGCACACAUUCCAGGAUAGGCAGGAGAUACUGCUGGAAAGUCAAGAACCGAAUCCGUUCAAAGAAGCUGGUGAUGAUCGAGGCAGUGGUGCAAGAAGCUGAAGUGAAGCUGGCAUCGUCCGAGCAGCACAUCGCCGAGCUCAAGGAUGUGGGUGUGAAACACCUAACUCUGGCAGCACCUCUGUUGAAUCGCAAGGAGGCGACGGUGAUUGCAGCUGCAUCAAAACUGUUCGCAAGAUACCGUACUCUGCAGGUACCAAUACUCCGCAUCAAAACCGAUCGAGCAAAAGAAUUUGUCUUUGAAGCGAUUCAGGGAGUGGACAACAGCAAGAGAUCUGGAGCAUUGCUUCACCGCUGGAGACGAACCCACCGGCAGAGAUUGAGGUGGUCGAGUGCUGAAGAAUGCAACACGGGUUCUCCUACAAUCUGCUGGAUUGCCCAUCCGGGAUUGGCCUACAGCACUUAGGCAUGCGGCAGAAGAACGACACCGUGGACAGCUACGUACCUUUGGAUUGGACCUGCCGCGGUUGAUUCCAUAUGGCUGCAAAGCCAUGGUUCGGACAAAAACCUGGCAUCGGCGCUGGGAUGCGUGGAAGCACCCGAUGAUCGAGGCAACGGUCAUGGGCCCAGCGGAGGGCAUGGCUUCAUCGGCAGGUGCCUACUGGGUGAUGACGGUGGACGGGCAUGGGUUUCGAACAACAGUACCACCGCGCAGCAACCAUCGGGGGGGGAGUUCAGGCCGUGAACAAUGGCUGCCCUGGUGAUGCACCGGUGAAGGCUCAUCGUCCUGAGCGCGAUGGUGAAGAUGCAGCGGAACUGCUGCAUUUAGAGAACCCGCACUCCAUUGCGAACCAGUUGAAAGAAGCUGCGGAAUUUUGGGAGGUGUUUGACACCACAUGGCUGCGAGGACCUUGGCGAUGGAGAAGAUGAUGCCCAGGCUGACGACUUUGAGACUCGCAACGGCCAAGUGCUUGAAAGUCACUCCAGAGGUGAUGGCCCAUGAUGGCCCCCAAACCUGCACCGGAUUGGUAAAUUGAUUCACACUUUGGAUGGUUUCAGGGGUCAAGGCUAGGGAUAUGAUACAAGAUACAUGCUUUACCGGAGCGUUCUGGACGGUAUUUUUUCCUCAUGGAUGGCGUGAGUUCACCAGCUGCUUGGUCUUCGCAAGAUGAUGGUCAUCAGAGCUCGGGCGGCGUUCUUUGAUCCACGUGUUUUGAAUUUCACAAUGAGUUCAGCAGCGGGACCCCACGAGGAUUGCAGGGAGGUGUAGUCCGUCUGCCCCUGUGACCCACACGUUCCGACCGCGUUUCUCCCCAAACGGCCAAGGCCCUGCUGUCCUUUGCAGGACUCCAAUGAGGACUGGGAUUUGCCACCCGCCGUGGACAAGGUCGCCAGACGCUUUGAGGUGACCCUGGAAGUCCUGGAUCACCCUGGGCCCGUUGGGUCAACCUGAGGGACCUGAGGCACCUGGUCGUUCGGCCGAGAGAAGCACGGCUGAGUUUCGACGAUGUGCGGUUUGCGCUCAGAGCAUGGCUUGCAAUCUCUGCAAACCCAGAGCAUGGCUGGCAAUCUCUGGAGAUUUGCUAUGCAA